AUGUCCACUUCCCCAAAUCCCAGCGCUGAGUCUACCAUUUACCUCCCAAUGUCUGGCUCUCCAAUGACCGGUGGCAGUUACUGGACAUAUUUUGGGACCGGCGAGCCCCAGGUCUGGGCGAACCCCCCCAAGAUGAUUUGUGACUGCGGAACCCACGGCGCAUGGCAGUGGCCCACCCAGUAUGCUGAGCUCACAAUCGCUCCCUGCGCAUUCAGAUGUCCCUACUGUGAUCGGUUCAACAAGGCCGGAAAGACAACACACCAGGCCUCGAACCUCCGCCGCCACAUCCGAGCAACGCACAUUCAGGGACAUCCUAUGGAGUAUGGUACUCUUGUCGUCAUGCCUGGAGGAACUCAGAAUCAGGCGUAUGAAAUGACCCAGUAUUAA